AUGCGAAUCUUUCCAAUCAUCGAGGCCGAACUGUUUGAAGAAACAAUUAAGGCCGUGUAUUGGCCACGGCUGUCGGGCUUGAGAAAGGCGCAUGCUAGCAGCAGAACGUGCAUUCUCGCCUUUCUUAGCUUUGCCGCCCGUCUCCCUCCGGUCGCGAUCCAUUUGAGCAUCACGCCUUUCCCAACCGUCGACCAUGGUACCAUGGCUUCUAAGAGCCAACUUCUUCUGACCCAAAUCUUCCAAGAACCCGCAAGCCUGGACAUAGCACAGGCAGCAACUAUUCCGGCAGGUCUUCUACUCUCCUUAAUGUAA